UUUUGCAGUGAAAGUUUGGUAAAUUGUGCAGCAAUAUUUUUGAAAAAAAUAUGGCCGGAACAAAUUUACCCAGAGUGCCGGAAGGUUUGCGGGAUCUAAUGAAAGCCUAUACCAAGGAAGUGCUACGUGAAAAACCAACGAAUUUAUAUGAAUUCUCAUCUGAUUACUUUGAACGCAUUGCGGCCGACAGAAUGCCGCAGAAGGUGCAAAAGUACGAGCCACCUCAAAGUUAUGAAAUCAUCAUGAAAAAUCGCAUACGACAACAAGUACCGAUUUCACUUGUCUUUAACAUUAUCCCUGAUAAUCUCACCGAUUUGAUUAAAAAGUUUAUCAAAGCAGUUCUUCGAGAAAAACCCGAUAAUUUACUUGCAUUUGCUGUGGAAUAUUUCCAAAGGCUACGCAAUGCUCACUCGCCACGCAUGGAGUACACCAAAUACUCGGCCUAUGAGAAAUUUGUGGAUGAGAAGGGAAGCGGCGCUCUCGUCUCAAAGGAGAAGUGUACUUGCGGUCGUAUACUUAACGCCAAAGCUGACGAAGUGGAAAGCGAGAAGAAAGAGCAAUCAACUGUGACACACAGUGUUCAAUAUUUGCGAGCAGUUUGCAUUAUACAAAAAUAUAUGCGAAAAUACUUGAAGGAAAAGCGAGAGAAGUCCAUUAAGAAGUCAGUUAAGACUGUGUCCACAGAUCGAUGCAGCAGUGAGGCUUAUAUGAAUGCCAUAUUUAUAAUACAAAGACAAUUUCGACGUUAUUUAGCUAAGAAUCGAGUCGAAAAGUCAAAGGAAAAGUCUGAGUCGAAGGAGAAUCGAUAUGAUUCGGUUGAGUACAUGAAUGCCAUUCGUAUUAUACAGCGAUACUGUCGGCGAUAUUUGCGUAAUAGGAGAACGACGAAAGCACGACCCUUAAAUAGCCAUAAAACCCCUUCCACGGACAGUAUGCUUUCACUUACGACAGCAGCAUUUAUUAUUCAGAGAGCAUUUCGAAAUAUGGUCAAGACACGGAGGGCCAAAAGACACAUAAAUGCCGAACUCGACCAGGGCGACGAGGUCAAUGAUAAUGCCUCCGAGGCAGCCUCAUACACUUCCGCCUCUACCGCUCUCCUCUCCACCGAGUCCACCUGUGAGCAUGCUGAGUUUGGCGGUGUCAAUUAUGAGGAGGGUGUCCAUCAGCAGACCAUUCAAGAAGAUGAGGAAGUUGAAAAUGACAAUACCAACAACCUUCAAAACGCAUAUAAAACAGAAGCAAUUAAAUCGAAAGGAAAAUCGAUAAGUUCGGAUGGUAAUGAGUUAACCUUGGAUGAAAUAAAUGAUGAAAUGAACAAAAGAAAGGAAAAACGAUUCUACGCACAAAAGAGUCGCAGGGAUAUUCAUCAUGAUUCUAGUAUUGACAAAGAAAUGGCAACUAGAGCUAAUUCAAUGGACUCGCCUAGAGAAAAAGUCAACAAGAGCUAUAGCACAACAGAAAAUAUCAUAAAGAAUAUAAUAAGAGCCGACUCUUUGACAUCUACUGAAGGCCAACCAAAAGCAUCUGGAAAGAAAAGUAUUUCUCAAACAGAAAGCAUAGAAGUUGUUCCUAAGACUCAAAAAACUGAUAGCAUAGAACGUGCAGAAAGUGCUUCAGCUGUCGAAAAAGCGGAGAAUGAAGAAAAAUCUACCACAACCUUAGAUGAUGAAGAGGGCAAAGUUAUUAAGAGUAACCUCGAGAAAUCUGUUGAAGAAAGUAUUUCUCCAGUUGAUAGCUUGAACACUGUUGCACAGUCUCAUAGUGCAGAUAGUGCUGACUCGGUAGGUUCUAGUCUCUCAAACCAAGUUAAAAGUGCUGAACAUACUCCUCAAGUCGAAAGCUCUGAAGAAGCAGCUUUACCUAAUAAGACAGCUGAUUCGGCAACCUCUACUCAAUCUGCUGCUGUGGAAAAUGUAGAAAUAUCAGAAGAGAAGAAGACUUCUUCUCAAGAUCAAAACUUGCAAGCAGCUGUUCCCGCUCAGGAUAAUCCUGAGUCUGAAGCAUCGACACUACCCAGUCGAGAAGAAGUUACUGAAAAAUCUCCACCACAGUCACAAAAGACCUCGGUUGAAGAUGUUAUUGAUAAAGAUGAAAAUGCCUUGUCAAAAGAUAUUGUUUCGCCAAUUCAAUCUGUAGAUGAGCAAAAUCCCACUUCAGAUAAGUUAUCGCAAUCGUCUGAUAAAAACAAAUCUACAGAAAGUACAGGUAAGGAAAGUUCUUUAGAUGAGCAAGAAAAUCCCAAUCUAAGCACAGAAAAACCAGCGCCAUCUGAUGAAAAAUCUGAGAAGAGCUCAUCGACUGAGUCAACAGAGAAUAUCAAAGCUACAGAUGCUUUAUUGGUGGACAAUGCAGAAAUCGCUGGAAGUCCGCAUUCAGAAAACGAUUAUUCAAUAGAGGUAAAUAGUCUUCAGACAAUGUUAAGCACCAUGAAGGAGAAAUACAAUCAAGAUGAGUCAAUUUUAAGUGGUAAAACUUCACCAACUGAAGAAAAGACACAAUUGCAAACUGUUGCUGAUCCCAGUUUAGAAUCUACUACGACUAUAGAAAAAACACAAGAACCUAAACCUACUAAGCAAUCCACUGCUAAAGAACAAAAUGUUGAGACCAAAUCAAUUAUUAGCACUGCAGAGAGUUUAGAAGAAAAUGAUGAAGCUAAACCAGAUGUAGCAAAUACAAAAGAUAAUUAUCAAAAUGAGGAGACGCUGAGUGACAUUGGAAAGUCUAUUAUUAUCCAUAGUGUACUUCCUGGUGAAGAUGAUUAUGUGUUAUCGCUCUCUUCAGAUGCUAAACUACGUUCGGAUACUACAAAUAAUACAACUGAAAAUGCUCCUGAUAAUACAGAGAAGAUAGAAAAGAACAAAAGCAUCGAUAAAUCGAAUGAUGAAUUGAAAACUGGAGAAAAACAAGAAAGCUUAAGCGAAGCUUCUACAAAUAAUCGAAGCAUUGAUAAAGUCGAGGAACCAACAAUAAAUGAAACUAUAAAGAAAAUAGAUUCACAACAACUUGAAAGCCCUCCAUCACCUGCCAACAUAUCAAGGGAGGAAAGUAUUGACAGUAGCGUGAAGGAGAAGAAAAUAUUGAACCAGGAAACAGGAGAGACAGAAUUGGAUGAUGGCAGCGCAAACAGCAAAACUAAGAUUCCCAGCAAACGAUCAUCAGAUAGUAUUCAAAAGCUUGUCGAUCCAUCAGAGAAUAUGGUAACCACAUUAAAUGAAGUUUCAAUUGCAACUGAAGAAGUAGUAGAUGAAAAUGAAGGAAAAUUAACUAAAUCUAUCAAUAAAAGUAGUUCUCAAUCUGAUAGUAUUGAAAUUGCCGCGCCUAAGCCAGCUUUAACUGACGACUCUGAAUUGGUAGACCGAACCAAACGUUCAGUAGAGAAUAUCAAUGAAAACAUUAAAGAAGUACCACAAGAAGCACCCUCAGAAAAAUCUGAAGAUAUUCAAAAGUCGGAAAGCUUAAAUUCAAAAGCAUCGUUGUCUGAAUUACAAGGAAGUGCAGAUGCAGUUAUUGAGAAUAUUGAUAAGAGUUUAGACAAUAAGUCAGUUGAUGUUAAAGAGGAAGAUUUACCAGUUACUGAAACUAUUGCAGAAAAAUCUAUACCUAAAGAAGAAUCUAUUGAAGAAAGAAAAGUUCUUCAACAAGCCAAGUCAAUACCGAAAAUAUCUGUUGAAUUGUCGACGGAUGAAAAUGAUGAAAUUCAGAAUGCUGAAAGUACCGUGGACGUUAAUAAAGAUACAAUUGCAUCUGCAGACUUAACUCAGGAUAUCAUUAAGAACACUGAUGAAGAUACAAAUGAUACUAAAACGAAGUUAGCUAAUGAAUCAUCAAAUAAGAAAGUUAAUGAAACAAAAGAUGCGAGUCAUCCAACUCUGUCUGAAGAACCUAGUCAAAUAAGUUUGGACAAUAUAAAAUCAGCUCAAUCAGAAGAUAAUGUUAAAACUCUAUCUGAGGAAGAUGGAAAACUUUCUUCAACAUCAUCUGGUGAUGUGAAACCAACUAUAAAAUCAGCGUUAUCUGAAGAAGCUGAGGAGAAAAUGAAAGAGAUUAUCCAGUUAACUUUGUUAGAAGAAGCUGAAAGAAAAGCUAAAGAUAGUGCUCAAAUAAAAGCAUCUCAAGAAACUGCGGAUAGUAAAGGUCAAGAUACUAAAUCAUCUUCAUCAGAAGAUAAAAUCACAACUGAAGAAGCUAAAGAUAAUAAUACCAUUGUUUUAUCUGAAGAUACUGCUACAAACCCCGACAUUGAUGUAAGUUCUGACGAAAAGUUAAAGGGAAAAUCAUCUGAAGAAGUUGAGGAAAAGAUUGAUGAUAAUAUUAAAACUACUAAUGUAGCCGAAAAACCUUUAUCAACUCCUAAUGAUGCUACAACUGAAGAUGAUUUAACUGCAAAAGAGGAUAAGCAAAUAAGCUUAGAGUCCACAAAAAGCAAAUCUAUUGGAAGUGAAGAGUCAAAUCCUUCUAAGGAAUUAGAAUCCCAAAUAAUAGCUGGGGAUGUGAAGUUGCAAACUUCUGUGAAUGAAUCUCAAAUUUCAACAGAAGACUUAAUAACAAAAAUAUCUAAAGAGGAACCCGAAAUAUCAACAGAAGACUCGAAAGCAAAAGUAUCUAUUAAAGAACCUCAAAUAUCAAUAGACGACUCAAAGGCGCAAAAACCUAUUGAUUCAUCUCAAUUACUAGAAGAAGAUAAAUCAGCUUUAAGUAAAGAUGCAGUGGAAUCAGAGGCUGAACACAAUAAAACAAAUGAAGUGAAGUCGGAAACUCAAAAUUCUGAACAGAACAAAUCUUCAUUGCAUUUGAGUCAUCAAUCAAUUGACACACAAAACAAAAAAAUGCCAAUCGUUAAAGACAAACAUUUAACAAGUUCCUCCUCAUCGGGUCGAUUCACAAACGCUCCAGUUGCCGAGCUGCAGCUCAAAUCAUUUAAGACAGCUCCCGAUGCGGGCAAUUGGUACGAUGUUCACAAUGAGCCUGUCGAAGAUAAUCAAGUUAGUGGCAAUUCAGCAAAAGAUUUAGCAAGAUCCGAUGACAUCUAUGUUGAUAAUGCGAGACAGUUGAGAAGUCCAUCGGUGGAUGUCUCAGAGCGGAGGCCAAAUUAUGUAUUUGGAGAGCCACCAACAUCACCAGAAGCCGUAAAACCAAAACAAUCAGUGGCAUUUUUCAUUUCAUUUGAUGGAGAUGAUGGAAAAGCUACUUUUAAAAUUCCCAAACGAUUUUUAAAACAAGAUGAAUCUAGUAAUAAGAUAGACAAGAAACAACCUAAGCAUGAUGAUGAGGAAGAGUUAAGCAUGGAGCCAGUAAUAACAGCUGAAGACUUUAUAGAAUCUGAUUCAGAUAUUGGCUAUCAGCAAUACGGCAUGCAAAAGUUGCAAACGAUACACGAACUUAAUGAAAAUGAAUCUAGCAAUGAACUUAGAAGUUUAUUGGAUAAGCCAAACGAGAAUGAACGUGAUGAAGAGGAAAUAACUAUUCUGGAACCAGAAGUAAAAAUUAUUAAAGAGAAUCUCGAAGAAGUUAAUGAAGAACAUGUUAAACAAGUUCAGAAUAAGGUUGACAAUUCAUUGAAAGUAAAUGGAGUUGACGCAGAUAAAAAUAAAGAUGAGAAUAAAGCCGAUGAAUCUCAUGAAAAUAAACUCAAAGCCAGUGCCCAAAUUAUACAGAGAGCUUUUAAAAAAUAUCUUGCACGACGUGAAAACGUUACAAAGCAAAGCUCUGUAACUGAUAGGGAAAAUGAAAAGUCAUUAAAUGAAACAGAAACAAAGUUAGAUGAAAACUUGGCAGCCACCAGAAUUCAGAAGGCAAUAAGACAAUUCCUAUCAAGAAUUGCAUUAAAAACAAAGGAAACAACGAGUUCCAUGAAUCGAAAAUAUACAGCUGAUGAAAUAUUAGCAGCUAUUCGAAUUCAAACCAUGUUCAGAAAUUAUAUGCGACGAAAGAAAGUAGCGUACAAUGAUGAUGUUUCCAAGGGCACAUCUGCCACAUCUUUGAUAACGAUAAUUCCAAAUACCCAAGAUUCGCACACACCAGAGAUUUCAAUAAAUGAUGGAGAACUUUCCGAUGACAUGAGCAUUUCCAACUCUGAGGUCAACUCAAGCAAACCCGAAUGGUUUGUGGGUUCACAGCGCAUAUCCGUGGAACCAAGCGAGAGAAAUGUCAGCAAAAGAUCUGAUUCAUCCGAGACUGGCACAAUUGGCAUAACAGAAAUCACAGAUAAUACGCAUUUAGAAACUGAUAUUGGCAAUAUUGUUAACGACUUAAACGCAAGCGAAGUAUUUGCUCAAGAUAAUGGAGCUUCUAAUAAUUCAGCAGGUUCGACAAGGGACAGGGAAUUAGUUGAGGCCUUGGCCAUUGCGGCUUUCGGUGCACUAGAUGCAACCUCAGCUGUAGGUGUAUCAAACCGUCAGAUCUUAAGCGAUUUUCUGAUUAAAGAAGUCGAGUUCUCCUCGAUACUAGAACCCUAUCGAAGUGGUCAAGAAGAGGUUCAUGAGGAGAAAUGCACCAAGAAAAUCGUAUCACGUGAUAAUCUUCUUGACGAUGAUGAAGUUAAGGAAGAUGCAGCUAACAAAAAAGUCGAUGCCCAAUUAGAUUCCUUGGCUCCAGAUACCAUGGACGAGGCAACUUCAAAGUUGAUGAAACCCGAUGAAGUAAUUGAGAAAAUGUCACAGCGCAGAUCUUCAGAAACUCGCGACAAGCUUAAAGACGAUUUUCUGUUAACAGAACCGGUAUUUGGAGAGCCCAUUAUACACUCCAUGAACAUGUUGCAGGAGCAGAGUUCACUCGAUAUCGAAGAUGGCGAUAUUAUUGUUUACAAUCGACUGCAACGUGACGAGACUCGCGAGAGUUCCGCUCAAAGUGAGUCAGUUGUAUUUGGGAAUGAUAUCGACGACGAUAAAGAGUUUAAUACUGAUGCUGAAACUACCAGAACACAAUUAUCCCGACAUUAUACAAUCGCCGGCGAUGAUCCUCGUGCAAUGUUUAGAUCAGUAACAAUUGACGACACCGUCAGAUACAUUGAAGAUGAUGGCCGUGGCAUGGACAACAGCAUGAGUUUCUGCUUGGACGAUGAAACCUCAGAGAAUAUACGCAAAAAGAUGAUGGCAUAUUCACUCUCGGAAGGCGACUCUGAUUAUUACGAUCCCAACAAAGUAAUGCCAGAUGAUUUCCACAUAGACACUGCCAUGACAGAUGCCAUGGACACUUCGACAGAAACUGAAUCGACUAUUGUUUCGGCUGCGACAAAGAUACAAGCAGGAGCUAGAGGCUUUUUGGCCAGGCGAAGAUUGCGUCGUGCCAGUGCUGGAACAAAGUCAUCCACACAGGAGACAAAAGCUUCGUUUGGCAAUGAUGCCAUAAGCGAGUCCCUCGAACGCUUCAUAGAGGAGGAAGCUGCUAAAAAGAUUCAAGUCGCAUAUCGUCUGCAUAGUAAAAAGCAGAAGAAACAGACAAACAAUGUGAAGAGCGCGAGUUUGGAAAGCAGUUUGGCUGCUAAGCGACAAACUUUGCAACGCGGCGAUGCACUGCGAAAUGAUUCAAACUCAACACCCGAGGAUGAAAAUAGUAGCAGCACAAGUGCUGCGCAACUAUCCAAGGAUGCAGAGUCAAAGUCUAGCAAGGAUAGCAAGGACACAGACACAAAGUCUAGCAAAGGUAGCGAAGAGGCAGAGACAAAGUCUACAAGAAGUAGCAAGGAGGCUGAGACAAAGUCCAGCAGAGUUAGUGCAACACGUACAAAAAGAUCGACCGAUUUGACAUUACACUGGCCUGCGGUGAGACAGAACUCAAUGCCAGUUCAAAUAGAUUGUGAAGUUUUGCGGCCUAUUCCAAAGCACAUGAGAAGACGCAUUAAGAGCGCUGAAAACAACAAAAAAGAAGAACCGUAAAUGAGUCUUACAGAAACUCAUGGAAAUCUACAUUCAAACAUACACGCGUCUGCAAGUCUGCUCCCAAAUCUUUUUUCUCAGUCACUCUUCAGAAAUAAGUAAAGUGUAGCAUGAAAUUGAAUGCAGACUUUGUAUUUUAAUAAUUUUAUAAUUAUAAUCA